AAGACGGAUCGGAAUCGGAAUUAUGUAUAAAUAAUUAUAUUAUCAUUAUUAACGUUAUCACAAGCUAUAGUAGUAAACUUUUAUUGAAAUUAAAGCACCCUCAUACUCAAUAGAGGGCCCUAUCUUGUUCCCUCACUAAAACAAAUUUUCUCUCUUUCUUUCUUUCUUUCUUUCUUUCUUUCUUUCUUCUUCUUCGUCAAAGCGAUGAAUUCUUCCGGCAAAACCGUGUCGAAGAAUCCAACCGAGGGUUCAUCGAGCAACGGUAGACCCUCGCUCAGCCGAUACGAGUCUCAAAAGAGACGGGAUUGGAACACUUUCUUGCAGUACUUGAAGAACCAAAAUCCUCCACUUUCAUUGCCUAACUGCAGCUACAACCAUGUUCUUGAAUUCCUCAGAUACCUAGAUCAGUUCGGAAAGACUAAGGUUCACUUGCAUGGCUGCCCGUUUUUCGGGCAGCCCGACCCUCCGGGGCAGUGCACCUGCCCGUUGAGGCAGGCUUGGGGCAGCCUCGACGCUUUGAUCGGGCGGCUUAGGGCGGCUUACGAGGAGCACGGCGGUCCGCCGGAGGGAAACCCUUUUGGGAACGGAGCGAUUAGGGUUUAUUUACGGGAAGUGAAGGAGUGCCAGGCUAAGGCGAGAGGGAUUUUGUUUAAGAAGAAGAAGAAGAAAAAGAAGAUGAUUAAUCAUGAGAUGAUCAAGAAUCCAAAUCCGGAAUUAAGGUGAGAAAUUCGCAUGGAGACGGAGCAAAAUAACCGUUACUGGAAUCAAUUCUUGUCGGGGGGUCUUCGAGUUUUCAUGAUCCAGUUCUAAAUUAAAUAAAUAACAUUCAAGUGUAAAGCUGCUGGGGAAUACUUGUAUAUCUUAAAAAUUACAGAUGUACAUUAGUACUAAUAUUUGUUCUUGGUGAAAUUACUUCUUGCUCCCUUAAAAGCCAAUGCAGACAAGUCUUAAUUGUGAAAGCAGAUUCUGACUUCUAUGUGAUACCAUUAAUGCAAAAAUUGGACCUUCAGUUU